AUGAAUACAAUACACAAACAAUUUAAAGGUAUAAGUCUACAAACACUUACUGCAUUAAAACAUCAAGGAGGAUUUGGACUCUUAGAUUUAAAUCACCAAUUAAUUGGAGCCAGAGCAAAAGUAAUAGGACAGUUAUUAUUAGAUAACACCAAUUGGAACUACAUUAUAUGGAGGAACAAAAUUCAAAAAGUAGUGGAAGAAACAUGGACUACAAAUUACAAUCACGAAUCACAAGAGUAUACAGGACCAUUAUGGUAUGAUUUCUUAACUUCAGACCUAGAACUAGAUCCAACAACAAACAUCAAAAAAAUAAUUAAUGAUUCUCAACAUUUAAAUGAUUAUGAAAAGACAUGCCUUCACUCAUGGUUUCACCUAACGAAAAAGAUAAGAAAAGGAGAAAUUACUACCACAACUUACACACAAGAAGAAGCUCAAAAACUAAUUAAUGAAGGUCGACCACCCACUCAAAUAGAUUUAGAUUUAUUAGACAAGACCUUUUUUCAACAACAAUCUCGGAAACAUCAACUUACAAGUAGAUCAUGCCUCAUACCAAAGGGAUGGAGUAGAGAAUUACAUUACCAAGAAGACCAAUGGAAAACAUUUUUUAAGAAAUUAAAUGAAGCUAAAAAUGAAUACCCCUACGACUUAGAUUUUUAUCACAAAUUUAACCUCGGUUUAUUCAGAUACCAUACAAGAGAAAGAAUAAAAUGUACUCAAUGUGGUCAAUUAUUACCUGCAAGAGCCUAUAACACACAUCAAACUUUCAAAUGUCGCUAUUCAAAUAUUAUUUGGCUGAUAGCAGGAGCACGAGAACUUCGACUUAGACUGAACCAUUUAAUAUGCAACUCCGACCUAACACCAAUUCAAAUGAUUAAAUCAAACAAGUACCUAAAAAUAUUAUUUAAAGUAUCCGCAUAUCGACGAUCGAGGCCGGAAAGUGAUGAACUUUCCGACGAAGAAUUUAAAAAAAUGGUACUUAAANGUUACAGACAAAAGCUGCCUUACAACAAUGAUAUAAAGCUGAAAUUUUCAAUGAUGAAUCAAACGACUUAA